GAAGUUGUAUGACGUAAUUAGUAAGCGUAGUUCCUGGUUAAUUUUUUUUUGCAUUCUUUAGCUUUCGAUCGAUCGCUCGUUUUCUACUCCGACGAACCGCCAGUCGUCUGGAGCGUGUUGACCGGUUCUUGUGCCAGCGCUUCACCUCAGAGACAUCAGGGGUCUGUCUCAGUCGUCAGUUUCCGGCACGUUUGUGGCUCUGGCAGCACUGAACAGGAAGACCGACGCUGAGAGACGUCUGAACUGAGAGCGGAAACUGCUGCGGCUUCUUCCUCCGCUUCAGAAUGACUGAAUUCUGGGUUUGUUUCAGCUGCUGCAUUGCAGAGCAGCCACAGCCUAAACGGCGGCGACGAAUCGACCGCUCCAUGAUCGGGGAGCCAACAAACUUUGUUCACACCACACACGUAGGCUCGGGGGACAUGGGCCUGGGAUUGCCUUCAGUGGACCUUGUUCAAGCCCAAAUGAAAUCUAAAGGGGGCUACGUGCAUGGAGGAUCCGAAGGUUCUCAGUUGUAACAAGCCCUUCACAGUCUUGUGGAAACUACUGUUGUUGAUAAGAGGAAACGUUUUCAAAAAGCAGUUCUGUCUUUAAUGGACGCAGGACCAAAAGAUGAAGCUACUGCUUUUCCAUAAUGUUGUAUAUAUUUUUAUUUUCCAUUCCUUUUUUUUUUUUAUGAAAGCACUGCUAUCCAUUUGCUGCCAUACUGUUGCACUGUAAAGAGUAACUUUUAAGAAUAGAUAAGAGGGUUUAGAAAGCUCAUAAUCUCAGUCAGUAUGCUUGUUUGUAUGCAUGAGGAAAAUAUUUUCAAAGAUAUUUGCUGUUGUAGCCCAUUUGGAUGCCUGUAUUUAUUAUCUGAUUUGUAAACGGACCUCAUGGUGGCUGGGCCACGCUGGAGAUUUGGAACAUUCAGUUUCUUUCUUUAAUUUUCAGAGGGUUAUCAACGGGCAGGUAGAGCUGUCAUGGCAAAAAAGCGCUAUGUUCGUUGUUUUAUUCUGAGGAGUACUCAUUCUCUGAGUUGCUUUCAGGGUUAAAGAUUGCUGUCUUGUAAUAAACUUGAAAUGAGUAGAGUACACUGGAUCAUACAUUGUACACUCACACUUGCUUAGGAAUUUUGCAUUGAUUUCAACUGAUUUUUUUUUUUAUACUCAUUUAGAUUUGAACCAUAUAGAAUUUUAAUAAACAAUGAACUUCCUUAUCUGCCUUCUGAAGUCAUGUUCAUUAUUUGUUUUACUUGUGUGUCGUUUGGCAGCUUGAUGCCGCAAAUACUGAGCUCAGUGGUUUCAACAGGAUUCAUAUUUUUCUAUUUUCUUCUCGUGCUGUAGACCGAGAAUUAUACUUGGAUGUAACCAAAUUUACAAUGCAAGCGCAGCCACAGGUUUUAUACUGUUUGUGGUAUUUUCAGAUCUGCAACCAACCUUCUGUAUGUCCACCAAUCUUUCUCUUGGUUCCUUGUACUGCUGUUCCUUUUUCCCCGCGCACAGUUGGUAUUUCACAGUAAACGUCGUGGUAUCUUAUAAUUCUAUUCACAUAUUGUCACAUGUCUAUUGUCACGUGACAAUUGCUUGUCACUUUUUGAGAUCUCAAGUUUCUUUUUCUUUUUUUACAUUUUUUUUUUAAUGGAAUAUUGACCAGCCGACACAUGUAACUAAAUGGCAUUUUACCUGAUGGGACCUGCCUUUUGGUAGCAGUGUGUGUGAUUAACUUGCUUCAGUGUUAAAGUUCUCUUUCCUUAAUCAAGUAGAGAUCAUCUUUUAUAAAGCGUUCCUCUCGUAGGGGAAUGUGAAUGAUCGUCCGUUGACCUAAUGAUUGGAGUGGAGCCAUCAUUCUCCCUUUUAUUCGCCCGCUUUUCCAUCCCUCGCUAUUGUCAUGUGUAUUCCAAAUUUUGGAUUCGGGUGCUAUUGGGGGGGGAAAACCUAGUUGGAAAUAGUGAGAGAGCCGCUGCAGUAUAAAUAUCAAACGCACCUGCCACUCGGGGUGAUCAUCAUGUACACAGCGCGCACCACUGCUUACUGUUAUCUUCAAUUACAAAAGUCAAAUGUGUCGAGCAAACCAGCAGGCCUGGAUUUAUCAGUACAUGUCAUUUGUCCUCGACGUUCAUCUCAUGAUUCUUUAACAACAGAAUGUGGUGGUACUAAGUCAAGCAAAAGUCUGUGUAAGUUGAUGUUUAAAUGCAUGCUAUUGUCAUACUAUUCAUGAUUAAAAAAGGAAAUCCUCUGUGUUGGUACCAGGCAGCGCCAAUCACCUGAUGGAUACAGCCACAUUUGUAAUAUCUUAUUAUUUUCGGCAUUAAAACGGCUGCCAACCAUUUUCCCAACCCAGGUUUAAUUAUGCCAUUUGUCACGAUAAAAUAUUGUCACAGUGCUCAUCUCUUCCUCUUUAAAUGUUUCUGUAGUAAUUCCUGUGUGAAAAAAGAUCCACAAAUGUGUAGACUUGCUUGUGUUUUUUUUUUGUUUUUGUUUUUCUUCCCAGCUCUGUGCACAAUUCUGUAGUAUGUAAGACAUACUGGGAUUGCAGUAUAUUAUGUGACCAGCAGGCUGUGCUUGUGGACUGGUUGAAUGUGACUUUAAAAUAUGUUUCCUUUAAGGAUUCUUGUAAUUGGACUUCUUCUAUGAUGAUACUGUAAAUAUGUAACAUGAAAGUAAUGGAUCCAUUGUUUCUAUGUAUUCAGGGUCGCACAUAUUUUAGGCUACUUUUCUGUAUAACAUCACUGGGAAAGCAGUGUUCUUGUUUUGUUUUCAUCAGGAAAUGCCUGAUGUGUCAUUCCUGCUUUAAGGGAAGUGCAUCUCGUCUUUUUUUCUGCAUUUUUCAGAAUAAACAAUGAGAAAUAAAUAUUGAUGUUUGACCAA